ACAGAUUACGCGAGGCGCAUGAAGGACACGGCGAGCUCGCCGCGCUUCCCGAGGAGGGGAUUUGGCUCCAAAAUAGGACGCUAAGCCGCCUUGCAGCCUCGCGCUCGGUUUUUCUGUUAUUAUUACUUCAAGCGGCGGCGCGAAGGGGUCGGGUUCCGGCUAGGCGCUCCCUCAGGAAGAGGAAAGCAGAAAAGAAGCCGUCGACGACAACGGCGCCUCGUCCGCUGUUGCAGCAAAUAUGGAAGGAGCCGCAAAAGGAAGCGCUUUUUAACCGGGGCUCAGCUUCCCCUCGGUUUCCAUGACAGUUAUUAGGGCAGCGGAGAAAUUGAAUUGUCUCCCACAAUGCUCUGGAGAAAGGAAGCGGGCGGGGGAAGAGGAGGCGGCGGCUGCGCCACUGGCGAAGCGGCGGAGUUCUCCUGACCCGCAGUAACUCGCCUCACGGAGAAUUUCCCCAAACUCCCUGGAUUAUCAUGACGCCUCUUUUUGGGCCGCUCUCUUUCUGCCUAGGUUAACCGGGGUGGAUGUGGUUUAUAUAAAUAGAUUUCAUUUUUUCCUUCUUGUUAUUGUUAUUGUUUGCGGGAAGACCGCGUGGGUUUGCCCCCCACCCCGCCCUCCCCAAGCUGCGCGCGCUCGAAGCAGCUCCAUGUCUGGCCACGCAAGGAUAUGAACAAUUAUUAUACAGGUGGGCUCUUCGGAGAGAGCGGAGCUCGGAGGCGUCCAAUCAGGCUCCGGCAACCUGCAGCCCUGUCAAAAUGCCUCUCCAGCGGAUCUCCGUAGUCCCCGCGCGGGAGACGGCCAGCAAUGGGAGAAGUUCGAUGGGCAGAAACAAAGAGAAGAACAAGGAAGUCGAGAAUGAGAAAUCUCCAGGCCGCUCAACAAGCCGCUCAAGUAACAUUUCAAAGGCAAGCAGUCCUACCACAGGGACAGCACCCAGAAGCCAGUCACGGUUAUCUGUCUGCCCUUCUACUCAGGACAUCUGUAGACCUCCCACCUUGCAUGACAUAUCAGAAGAUAAGUUUGAAAACUCGACCCCUGUCACGGUACUGAGUCCAGCUGGUAAAGAAACUGGUAGGAAACAAGUGAAGCGAAGGGUUAGGCGGAGGAAAGAGCCUGAGGAGAAUAAUGGGCAUGCAGAAAAGCAAAAAAGAGAGAAGGAUGGCAAGUUGCACCCCAACAUUGCAAAUCGUGCAUGGAAUGCCUUGCACAAACUAUCAUCCGAUUCAUCAUCUUCAGAUGAGAACCACUGGGCCCUGGUUAGAAAGAGAGAGAGAGCCAAUAUGCCCAGGAGAAUGAGAAGGCGGAGUACUUCAAACGCUCGGACAGAUGAUUCUUCCAGGAAAAAUGCCAUUGAACUUGUAACUAUGGGGACAGGUGGGGAAAAGAAGCAAGAAGAGAAGAUUGAGCCUGAAGGCUGCACUCCUAGUCACCGCAGGAGAAGGAUUUCACGGUGUAAAGAGACCUGCCGCUCACCGUCUUCUGUGGAGGCAAGGAGCUCCUUUAGACAAGGUGGGAAACACCAGGACAAGUGCAGCCGCAAGGAUCCAGAGCCUUCAAGGAACAUGAGACGAGUCAAAGCAAGCAAGGAGGAAAGUGGUUCAGAGAAAGGCCCAGACAGUGAUAUUUUGUCAGUUCCAGAAAAUGGAGUACCUGCUGGGACAGGGCUUGCUGCAUCGGCUGCUGUUCAGAAACCUGCGUUUUAUGAUGACUUGUCAGAUGAUUUCGAAGUGUGCAGGAUCUGUCACUGUGAGGGAGAUGACGAAAGCCCCCUCAUCACACCGUGUCGCUGCACAGGGACCCUGCGUUUUGUUCAUCAGGCCUGUCUGCAUCAAUGGAUUAAGAGUUCAGACACACGCUGCUGUGAACUCUGCAAGUAUGACUUCAUAAUGGAGACCAAGCUCAAGCCUCUUCGAAAGUGGGAAAAACUACAGAUGACAACAAGUGAGAGGAGGAAGAUUGUCUGCUCAGUCACAUUUCACAUUAUUGCUAUUACCUGCGUAGUUUGGUCACUGUAUGUACUAAUAGAUCGGACCGCUGAGGAAAUUAAGCAAGGCAAUGACAAUGGUGUGCUGGAGUGGCCAUUUUGGACAAAAUUGGUUGUGGUGGCCAUUGGGUUCACGGGAGGCCUUGUCUUCAUGUACGUGCAAUGUAAAGUCUACAUUCAAUUGUGGCGAAGGCUUAAGGCUUACAAUCGAGUGAUAUUUGUUCAAAACUGUCCAGACACUGCCAAAAAACUAGAGGAGAAAAAUUAUUCCUCCAAUCAGAACACUGAAAUCAAAGACUCUGUAGUGGUGCCAGUAUCACAGACAGGUACAAACUCUCAACAAUCAGGAGAAGAAACUGUUUCUGAUGUGAUGCCGGUUUGAUGGAAGCUGCGUUUCUCUUUCUUUACUGAAGAACAAAGUAAUGUGCUUUCCUACUGUUCAGCCACAUUAAAACAGCAAAACCACUAAGUAAAUCUGAAGGAAGAACAAAUGGAAAAAUCGAUCAAGAGAAGUUACACGUUACCUCUGGAAUGUAAUUGUGAAGUGGCUAAGCAUAGUGAAAAUGCAAAGAAGGAAGCGCAUCAGAGAUGACUUUCGAACAGGCAAACAAACAUGGCAAGUACCACUGUUGAUGGCUGAAAAGAGCUGCAUAUGCAGAUUUACUACCAGUGUUCUGUUUACAAGGAGAAAACCCUUACAUCUAUUUGUUACUAUGGUCUUUUUUGCUAAUUAUCGUAAUCUUGGACACACUCUCUUCAAGGCAAUUUUUAAAACGAUUCAUAUUUACCCUUAAAGUCAUGCAAAGAGAUAUGCACCAUAGCACAAAGUAUCCGAACCUCAUAAUGUGAUAAUUUUACAAAGAGGUGGCUGACCUGCAGCAUAUAUGGUUUGAAGGCGAUAUGAAGGAAAUCCUUUCCAAAAGUUACCAUUGAAAACGUAUGUUUAAAAUGUGAGUAUUUGUAAACUAGGUAGCUGAAAAUAUCCCUUGUAUGCACAAAUGAUCAUUUUCUUUCACAUUUUUAUAUUCAUUUGGUGCAGCAAUUUGACUGCUGCUUAUUCAUAAGAGCUAAAAUUGACAGAAUAUUCCUGCCACCUCCAAAAUCCUGCUAAAGGGUAAUGUGUUCUAUAAUCAGAGAUAUAUUGCAGACAGAGCAGCAGGAAACCUUGAAAACAUGUUUUUAGUACUUACAUAUUAGUGUGUAAAAUAUGCAAAGGGUGGGAGAUUAAAUUCUAUUCUUUUGUUUAAGAGAUCAGGAUAGAACAGAUUUAGAAACUUGUUCGGACAAUAUUGAAAGAGUCAAAGUAGGCAGCAUUACCCAUAUGCCAGUAUCUCUCUGAUGUCCACUAAAUCGACAAAGUAUGUGGUACCUUCUAUACAGGAGUAAAGCUGAAUCAUUAAUGGUUCAGUAGUUCAGUUGUUACUAUUGUGGUUUUAGCAUAGUAAUGUAAGACUGAAGUGUGACUAAAUAGAAAAUGCAGAAGAUAUAUAUCAGUAUCAUGUUGUACCCAGCAGGGAUGACUUGCACGGGGGGAAGCCAAUAACUUUGGCAUCCCAUUUCAGAAUGAUGUACCUCAACAGACUAAAUGAUUGGAUGUCCUAAAAAGAAAGGGCACUGCACCUGUCCUUAUACCACUCUUAUGCUUGUUGAAUGUAUUGUGAGUUGUGCCCAAGUAAUGUGAGUUAUUCAAGAACAGUGUUACUAGUAAUGAGAGGAACUUAUGGUGGCAAACUGCAGUGGAUUAAGUAAUUUUUAAAAAGGACUACAUUUCACAUUUCAUACUUAUAAAACACAGUAAGACAUAGAUUCUGAAAAGACUCAGCAGAGGUAUGUGAUGGAUCAGCUGAGACAUUGCAAAAAGCACAUAGCCUCCUUAAAAUUAACGGGCCUUUUCCCAGUGAUUUCAGUAGUUGAAAUAAGGCCUCUCUUAUUGGAAUCAUGGCACUAGUUUGGAAACAUUAAAAUGAGAUUAUGUAAGACAAUAGUUUAGCAAAAAGAGUUGAUAGUGGGGAUCUUGAGUAGAAGUUGCAUAAAUAACCCAUUGAUGAAUACUUUAAUGCUAAAAUGAAGAAAUGCAUUUUAACAUUUAAACUGUCAGAUGAAGGAGCCACACAAAUUAUUUGUGAGACACUGUGUAUUUGAACAGAGGUCAUAGGAGGGACUGAACAAAAAUAAGAUCAUAAUAAACUUAAUUCCAAACUGGGUGGUUCAUAUCCAUUUCACUAAGAAAAAGACACACACACAUCCAGAUAUAGUCUAACUAUAAACUGAAGUGAUAGCUGACCUGGUGAUUUUCUGCCCAGCUAUAGCCAUUUAUAAUAAUGUACCAUUGCUUUGUAUAAACAACUGACUACUGUGAUAUAAAUACUUUAAAAGAUAAGGCAGCUGCAGCACAUCGCACCAUACUGGACAGGGCACAAUAUAAAUUGCUUACUGAAUUC